GAUAUAGAGCGUCCAAAAUUGUGUAUUUAUUGUCACAUUGUAAACAAUUUUAACCGAAGAUAUACAUAGAAAUAAGUUUGCAAAACAGAGAAAUACAAUAUAUAUUUUUGAAAUUCUGUGUUCGAUCACAAAAACAGCCAAUAUACCUAAUACCAAAUUUUAAUCGACAUUCGCUGCGAGACGCGUGCACGGCCACACAAAGAAUUAAAAAAAAAAAAUAAAAAGCAAAGAGACAUGUUUAAUCAUUGAAAUUAAAUGCAUAGCAAUUACUGUUGGCAAUAAACGGGUGCCUCCACACCUCUGGCGACACGCAUGUUGGCUGAAGGCUCGCAGUUGCUCAUCCUGCAGCAGUGGAAAGCUAAAAACCUCGGCCAGAAGAGCAAGAAGAAGAAGCAGCACUGACAACAACAACGGCAACAACAGAACAAAAUUGUUGCGUAUUGUGUUUUUUUCCAGCAGUGUCGAGGAGCGGAUUUCGUGAAAAUUGUGUGUGCCAACCAUACGCCUAACUUAUGUCUGAUAAAAGUGCGAAGGAAUCAUGUAUCAGUCGUAGUGCGAGCUUCAGCAGCAGGCGCAAGAGAAGGAAGUGAGCAAGGCGAGCAGAGCGGAGGAGGAGAGAGCGUAAAGCAACCAAGUAUAUAUUCGAGCGCCCCAGCACGCAACGUGUUCCGUUUAACAAAACGAGCUUGUGCUAAACAAUGUCCCAUGGCGAGGAUGUGCUAGACAACUGGGAGGAAAUUGACGAGACGGCGAUCUCGUUGACAUUGCAAAAUCAGCUGCAGCUGCAGACUAGUGACGAUCGUCCAGUUGGCAAAAUGAAACUGCUUCAGCGCCCGCAGAGCCUCCUGGAGAGCAACAGCAGCAGCAGCGGGGGCGGCAGCACUCCUUCGCCCAGGCAGAUAACCAUUGCCAGAAAGCCGACUCCGCUGCAGCCAACAGAGGCUGAUUUGCAGGCCCCCCAGCCCGUUAUGAUGGUGCUGCACAAGUCGACAAACGACUAUGAUUCAGCCAGCUAUGCCACGCCCACCACUAAUCAGACGGUGAAGAUUCUGCGGCGACCGGCCCAGGCGGAGGAGCGUCGCGACACGAACGGUAUGCGUCCCAAGCAGCCGAUCAAGACGCUCAAGCAGCGCGAGCAAGAGUACGCCGAGGCCAGGCUUCGUAUCCUGGGUGCGGCCAAAAAUCCAGAGGAUGACAAACCAGCCGCUCCCAGCACGCCAACUGCCUGUGGCAGUACAACAGCGACCGCUCCGCCCUCGGCACCGGCUGCCACACCACCUUCUGCCACAGCGAGCAGCAACAACAAUAUCAAUAACAACAAUGGCAGCCAUCCAGCGGCGGGAAUGCAUCGCUCCAGUUCGGCUCCGAAGAUGUCCCAGGGGUCGGCCAUGUAUAAUAACUACAACAGCUACUUCCAGGGGCCGCACAAUCAGCCGGGCUUGAACUACUACUAUCCCCACAAUGUGCAGCAGCCGUCACAGCAGCAGCAGCAGUCGCCCUCCAUUCAGCCCCAUUAUAACCAGCGCUUGCCGCCAUAUGGAGGUGGAGGUCUUGGUGGCGUAGGGAUGCCGGCCCAAGCACAGCAGACCCAGACGUCGCCCAAUCCGCAGCAGAGCUGGUCCCCAGUGGUGGGCGGUAGUGUGUCUGCUGCCCUGCUGCGCCAGCAAUCGUUGCAAUCGCCCCAGCAACAGCAGCAGCAACUCGCUCAGCACCCGCAUCCGCAUCCCUUUAACGAAGUCCUGCGAUUGCCUCGUGGCCCGAAUGGCUCCAUUGGCUUUCAGAUGCGCCGGUAACAGACUGAAGCGAUGAAGUACGGCGGGGUGCCACCAUUUCAAGAGCUUCUUCUAUAUUCUUCGCAUGUUUUUCUUUAGAACCACCACAAAAAAAAGCAUGAAACAAUUCAUUCUGAGAUUCUGAGUCGCCGAACAUUAAAAAAUUUUUCGAUGUGGCGCAUAUUCGUUGCUUUAUCCCACAGGCUACUCUACCCAAGCAUCAACAACAACAAUGUAAAACAAAUUUUAUGAAGGACUACGGUAGAUAUUUUGUAAAUUUACAACUCACACUACACAAUUUUGUAUAAUGCAUACUAAUAAAACGAAACCAUAAUUUUAAAUAGUGACAGAA